AUGGCCACGAGGAUGAAGGCCAAACAGAUGAAGGCACGAUGGAUGAAGACCACAAUGAUUAGGGCGACACGGAAGAAGGCCACGCGGAUGAAGCUUGAAGGCCACAAGGAUGAAGGCCACAAGGAUGAAGGCCACAAGGAGGAAGACCACAAGGAUGAUGGCUACAAGGAUGAAGGCCACAAGGAUGAAGGCCACAAGGAGGAAGACCACAAGGAUGAUGGCUACAAGGAUGAAGGCCACAAGGAUGAAGGCCACAUGUAUGAAGACCACAAGGAUGAAGGCCACAAGGAUGAAGGCUACAAGGAUGAAGGCCUCAGGGAUGAAGGCCACAAGGAUGUAGGCCACACGUAUGAAGACCACAAGGAUGAAGGCCUCAGGGAUGAAGGCCACAAGGAUGUAGGCCACACGUAUGAAGGCCACAAGGAUGAAGGCCACAAGAAUGAAGGACACAAGGAUGAAGGCAACACGGAUGAAGGUCAUGAGGAUGAAGAUUUCGAAGAUGAGGACCACAAGGAUCAAGACCACGCGGAUGAAGGCCAGAAGAAUGAACUUCUCAAAGAUGAAGGCAAUACGGAUGAUGGACACAAGAUGAAGACCUCAUGUAUAAUGGCCACAAGGAUGAAGGCCACACGCAUGAAGACCACAAGGAUUGUGGAAAAAUCCUAG